AUGGACGUCUCCGCCAUCCUCGACCACCUCCGCCCCGUAUUCCGCGUCUUCUCCUUUCUAGGCCGCAUCUUACUCUUCCCCUUGCGACUGGCCUCCGUACCCUUGUCGUAUCUCCUGAGCGCCCUUCGCAUCGUGUUUGCGCCGGCGAUAUACCUGGUUGCGUACGUAACCAGUUGGUGCCGUGGUGUUUUUGACUUUAUUCUUGCUCUUCAGCCUUUAUAUACCUUUCUCGCCACAGCAGCAGCAGUCGGCAUCUUCGCCGGCUUCACCCUGGCCACCUCCUCAACCGUCAUCACAUCAUACCUCGGCAUGCAAGACAGCAGCAGCACCGCCCAAGGACCUCGCUCCCGUACCUCUCAGGGCAAAAAACCACUGUCGUCCUUAUCAACGCCAACUCUCAAAGAUGAUUCGUCCUCUAAUGAGGGAGAGUGGUACUGGCCUGAUCCCUCUCCCUCACGCCGCCGUGUUGCAACUGGGCUUCUGUCACAGACGAUUCUUGAAGAAGAGGACGACUCUGAUAUAUGA